CGGAGCUGGAGCUGUCAGCGGCAGCAGCGAGAUCAAGGCGCUCCUCUGCGUGAUGUUACACAUCGACUGGACUAGGAGACGCGUGGCGCAAAGACUAAUCAACUCGAUCAGCCAGCAUCCUAGGACGCCAAUAGCCAAAGCCAAUCCAAUUAUCAAAACUUAAAUAAUCACUUCCAGGUUCCGGCCAGGCUCCGUGCAUUUGAUCGGCUCUUAGUUUUGACCGGAGCAGAGCCUGCCAGAGGCAACACUAUUCCCUGGAGUUGAAGCCAAGAAAAGCUUUGGUUCGGCUGGCCUGCGGGGACAACAUGGAUGCUGCCGGAGCUCGCGAGCUCAAGGUGCUGGGCGCGUGGGCGAGCCCCUUCGUGCUGCGGGUGCGCGUGGCGCUGCACCUCAAGGGCCUGGACUACGAGUACGUGGAGGAGGACCUGACCAACAAGAGCGAGCUGCUCCUCGCCUCCAACCCCGUCCACGAGAAGGUCCCCGUCCUCCUCCACGCAGGCAAGCCGGUGUGCGAGUCCAUGCUCAUCGUGGAGUACCUCGACGAGGCCUUCGCCGGAGCCAGCCCGCCGCUCCUACCCGCCGAUCCCCACGGCCGCGCCGCCGCCCGAUUCUGGGCCGCCUACGUCGACGGCGAGCUGCUGAGCUCGUGGCUGGCGAUCCACGCGGCGGGGACGGAGGACGACAAGGCGGCGGCGGUGGCGCGGACCCUCGCGGCGGUGGACGCCCUGGAAGGCGCGCUCGCGGACGCGGAGCAGCGCUCGGGGUGCGAGGGGUGGUUCGGCGGCGAAGGCGUCGGGUUCGUGGACCUCGCGCUCGGCGGGUUCGUGCCGGCGAUACAGGCGUCGGAGCCGACGACCGGGCUGAGGAUCGUGGACCCCGCAAGGACGCCGCGGCUGGCAGCGUGGGUGGACCGGUUCCGCGCGCUCCACGCGGCCCGGGCGGCCAUGCCGCCGAUCGACCGCCUCGUCGAGAUGGGAAAGAAGAGGCUCACGGAAGCGCACGCCGCGGCGGCGGGGGCGCCGGAGGCAAGCAAAUGAGCGUGGCAUGCCUCGCGCGCUCACGAGCACUGAGGCUCUGAGCUACGUGCUUAUUUUCCGAUUCUGUUUUGCCGAGAAAUAAAGCAAGAUUGGCUACUUGAGAUGUGAGGUUUAGCUUGCUGCACCGUGCAGUGAACCAUUCAGUAUUUUAGCUACGGUUUUGUUGUAAAAAUAUAAGAUAGUAUUUGGUUCGCGCUAAGGUAACGUAAACGCAAAGGGAAUCAGAUUACAGUGUAUUUAGUGGUGGAAUGAGUGAUUACCCUCUUUGUUUGGUUA